AUGAUAAACUCAACACAGGUCACAUAUUUCACACUCAGUGCUUACUUUGACACUGGCCCUUUGAAAUACUGCUAUUUUAUCAUUGUUAUGUGUUUAUAUGCUUUAAUUGUUGUGUCCAAUGUUCUUCUGAUUGUGGUUAUCUGUGUGAACAGGAGCUUACAUGAACCCAUGUACCUGUUUCUGUGCAGUCUGUUUGUGAAUGAACUGUUGGGGAGUACUGGGCUGUUUCCAUUCCUUCUGUUUCAGAUCCUCAAAGAUGUUCACACGGUUUCUUUUUCACUGUGUUUCCUACAGAUUUUCUGUGUUUAUUCUUAUGCCUGUGUAGAAAUAUUAAAUCUCUGCGUCAUGUCGUAUGACCGAUACCUGGCCAUCUGCCAUCCUCUGCAGUACAACACUCAUAUGACGUCUGCUAAAGUAGCUGUGCUUAUCGCUGUAACGUGGUUGUUCCCUGUUUUUGCGAUAGUUAUUCUGGUUUCCCUGAGUGUUCCUUUGCAGCUCUGUGGGAACAUUCUUAACAAAGUGUACUGUGGAAACUACUCUAUAGUCAAACUGGCCUGUUCUGACACCACAGUCAAUAACAUCUACGGACUUAUCUACAUCGUCAUCUCCAUCUUUGUUCCUUCUGUUUUAAUCUUCUACACCUACAUGAGGAUCCUUAAAGUGUGUUUUUCUGGAUCUAAACAGACCAGACAUAAAGCUGUCAGCACCUGUACACCUCACCUGGCUUCGCUGCUAAACUUUGCUUUUGGUUGUUGUUUCCAAAUCCUACAGAGUAGGUUUUAUAUGAGUGGUGUACCAAAUAUGUUGGACAUUUUACUGUCGUUAUAUUUCUUAACAUGUCAGCCGUUGUUUAACCCUUUACUGUACGGACUGAAAAUGUCCAAAAUCCGUGUCUUAUGUAAACGUAUGUUGUGUGGUGUCUAG